GAAAUAUUUGUGACAAUACGUGGUGCGUUUGUGAGAAUGGAAAGUGUUGUAAAAAUACUAAGGUACAGUAAAAGCAAAAUAUCGUUGUUGUCUGUGCAGUGUAUAGCAUAGGAAUGGUAUCGCCAUCCAAAAUUCAACAUCAGGAGCAUAAGCAGUCACCAAGAGAAAACAAAUUAAUCAAACACUCACAUGUUCAUGCACAUAGGGAUCUAAAAUCGUUGGAAGGAAAAUCAUUUUACUUGGAUAUCAAGAAUCAUGCUACUACAGCUAAAAUAGAAGCAAAAAUUAAAGAUUUGGGAGGAGUAAUAGAAUUAUUUUUAGUACGGAGUGUAGAUCUGGUGAUUAGUGACAGAGUAGAUAAGACCGGUUACAUAAAUUUCGAAAAACAUAAAUGGGGUUGUACCAGUGGAGGCAGCGGGGGACCUCCCUCGCUGAGGAGUUUAGAAACUCCAACCCCAAUGCCAACUCCAUCAAUGUCAUUUUUUAGUCCUGAAUGCCCCUUGUCUAAUACAACUAAUCUACGGGGUCAAACUACCCAGAGAUCUAAAUCACGGGUGGAGGCAAUGUUGGAGCGUGCUCUGAUACAGCCACAACAGUGUUCCGUGGAUCCACUUUACAACGCCCAAAAUUGGGGAAUUCCUAUUUGGGCAAUUGACAAACUUCAAGCUUGGCUUGACAAAAUCUCUCCAUCUAUUAAAGAUACAAAUCAUUUGAAACAAUUAAGGCACACAAAUCAACAGAGUUCAACUAAAGAUACAAAAGUCAGGCACCUCAAAGGUCCUUAUCUGAAAUUUGAAUCCUUUCAGAGGAAUACCAGACCUGUAUUUGUUGAACUGCCUGUGUGGCCAACAUUGAAUUUUCACGGUGAUCCAGGUUCUUGUCCUUUUAAUACAAAGAGACGAGAAAAACUGGAAAAAUUGCGAAAAGAAGUAAAAGAAAAUAGAGAAGGUAUUCGGACUAUUAAUCAAGAGGAGGAAAAAGAAAUGACUCGGCGACCACGAACAACUGCCCGUACUCGAAGAACAGAACAAUUAGCUUCCGGAUAUUGUGAAAUCUGUCGCAUUAGAUAUCGAGAUCUGAGCAAACAUGUACAAAGUGAUCAACAUCUUAGCUUUGUUCGAAAUGAUGAUAACUUCUUGUCUUUGGAUAAAUUGAUUAAUGCAGGAACUAAUGUAGAAGCGUUUCUGAAAUUAAAUAGAGGAAAAAAUGUAGAAAAAGACUGCAAUUUGUUUUCCAAUGGAGAUCGUAAUCUUCAUGAUACAGUACUGCCAGAAGGAAAAGUUAACAGAAGUGCAAAAAGCUUAGGGGAUUUCGAUGUCGGUGAUAUAAAGAUGGUACAACGUAAUGGUGCACGUAGGAAUCUCAGUUUAAAAUUAAAUUCCCCUCAUAAUUUGCGUACUCGUGCAAAACAUGAAAGCGGUCAUUUAUUAAGAUCAAAAGGUAGUCCUUGGCACGAAGCCGAUAAAGCGGAGAAAUUUUAUGACGAGUUUGAAGGUUUCACUAUCAAGAAGCGAGCAAAAGGUACAAUUUGGAUUGAAGAAGAUGAGCCACGAGAUAAAUAUAUAGAAGAACAGGAGUUAAAAGAAUCCAAACAAAAUGAAUAUAAGAUUAAAACAUUUUCGACAAAAGUAGAACAAAAGUACUGCAAUGAGAAAAACUGUGACAUGUAUAAUAACCAUAAAGACUCUGAUAAUCAGGAUGUGCGAAGAACGAUAACGUGUAACAAUGAAGGGAACAGUAUUGGGAAUGAUACAGAAUUUGUUAAACGAGGACAAACUCCCACGAAGAGUAGAAAUCAUGAUCAAAUUAAUGGAAACAUAAAAAAUGGUUGUAACGAAAAUCUUUUAAGUACAAAUGAUAGUUGCGCUGAGUCUUGUAAAGUGGCUAGAAAUGAAACUCCAAAAGAACUGACUUGCAAAUUACAGUUAGAAAAUACUCCGUCAAAUACAAAGAAAGUUUCAGAAGAACGCAAUGAUAUCAAUAUAGGCACCACGACAUGUAAUGGUCGUGUUAUAAAGGAUGAACAAAAAAUUAGUAAAACCUCGAAUGAUACAGAAAAACAUGAAGUAGUGAAGGAAGAGAAAUCAAAAUGUUGCAAAUCAAGUAGAAGGGGCAAUAGGAGCGUCAGAGGACGACACAGGUUAUCUGUUGAAGAACGUUUAAUCGAAGAUAACCGUGCAUAUUAUAAAGUGGAAGUGUUAGGAAGUAAAUUAAGAUCAAGUGUAUUGUCAAAUAGCAAUUCACAAUGUAUAGUUCAAAGAGAUGGGAAUAGUGAAGAAAAAAAGGAAGUGCCAUCUAGUGAAAAACCAGUAGUUGUGCGAUUUAAACGCGUAAGAAAAUCAGAAUUGUCAUUAUUAAGUGAUGAAGCAGAGUCUUUUAUGUUUAGAGAACUUAAACGAGAAGAUUCAAGUGAGAUAAGUGAUGGCGAACAAAGUAGCGUAUUACCGAGGGAUACCGAAAGUGAGUGUAAUGAUACCGGUAAUUCUCUAUGUCCUAGCUCGUUCUUGAGUUCAAGCUCACCUGUAAAAUCAGAAACUGUCGAAGACGAUUCUCAAGAUUCCUUACAUUUAGGUCGAGCUAGGAAGAGAAGACGCACACAAGCAGAAGCACUCAUCAAAGACAAUGUCGAUUAUUAUAAAUUCGAAACUCCUGGGAGCAGAUUAAGGUAUCAAGCACCCCUAACUGGUAUUAAGGAAUCACCGGCAAAUGAAAAUCAGCGAAAUAUAGGAGGAGAAAUUGUCGAGAAAACUGUAAAAGUAGAAAAAAUAUAUCCGUCCAAACCAUCGCCAGAAGUUGAAAAAAUGCAAUUUUCUUUUGAAGCUGUACCAAAAUCCGAACCGUGGUAUCAAACCUAUCAGCGCCAGGACGAGGGAGCAGAAUUUUGGCAUUAUUUUAGCGAAGGAGACUCACAAAAGCCAUUUCUUUUACCAUAUGAAAUUGAAAAUUUUCACGAAAUUUUAAUGAAAAAUCAAAACAGAACUGAAAAUAAGAGAAAAGGUCGGGGACGGAGCAUGGGCUGUAUUGGACGAUCUCCUAGGAAAAGUCCUCGUUGUCAUGCUUCCACGUUAGCUAUUAUGUCAACAAUAAUUAGAAAAAGAGAACAACAGCAACAGACUUCAAACUUGUACACUAUAGAUGAAUGUCAAUCUAUCAGAUCACAAGAAAAUACUCCAAGACCAGAUCAAAAAUUUGAAUCAAAGUCGGAUGUAGACGAAGAAUUUAAAGAAAUGAUAAAAACUAUUGAUGACAUGUUUAAUAAUACAAACGAUGGUUUAGAGUUGGCUGAAUCGUUCGAACCAGAUACGACACCAAUGGAAUUGAACCUUUAUGAACCAAAUAUUCCUAGAGGACCACCUCCGAACUUGCUUGAAUUAUUAGACAGUUGUCAUGAAAUUGCAAACUGUUUAGAAAACUCAUCAUGCGCAAGUUCCGAGUGUGGUGAAGGUAGUAUCGAAUCACCUUUGAAGCGAAGAAAGAAGAGAAAAAACAGAACUGGGUGGCCUGGGAUUAAAAUGAAGAGAAGACUCCAAAAUAAAUCUCUAACAGAUAUAAAUUGUGACAGGGAAAACUUAGUGGAGAAGAAUAUUGAACAAAAUGAAAAAGAUUGCAAUAUGCAGGUCAUAAGCAUGUCCAAUAGAUUAACAGAAGAAGGUAAUAUGAAAAUGGGUACAUCUAUUACAAAUAUCACACAAGAUGAACAGUCGUUAAGCUUUGGCCAGCGGAAAGAUGAUCGACGUUUAUUCGAAAUGUAUACCUCGAAUAUUUCCUCUAACACGCGUCACGAGGAAAAUGAAAAAAAGGAUGUAAGUAUAGAGGUUCCCGAUAAUUCCAUAUUACAUACAACAAAUGCUCAAUCCUGCACAGGUUUGCUUACGUCUGAUAUAUGCAACGAGACUGACAGAAAUUUCGUGUUAAAUAAAGACUAUGGGUUUAGAAAAAAUUUAUCAGAGAUAGAAGAAAUAUCGGAAAAUGACCCCGGAAAUGAUGAAAAUCAUGAGAAUGUGUUUCGAAAAGAUGUUCAUUCCAUAUCGGAACGUCGCUUUAUUUCAAAUGUAACCAACAAGAAACGGCAACGUGACAACGUAUCCUCUGAAACUUGUGAAUCCCGAGUAGAACUUGAAAACCAUGAGAUUUUAUGUAGGAAGGAUGCCGAAACUAGAAUUGUUCCCAGGAAACAUCAUAACUCUAACGGAUUACCAAGAAAGAGGCAACAGGAAGCUCAUUCUGAAAAUUCUGAUUCCGAAAUUGAACAUCACCAUCACCAUCACCACCAUCAUCACCACCAUCAUAAUAACGUAUAUAAAAGAAAUAAAGUAACUCCGCGAAAACGAAUUUACUCAAAGAAGCGUACGAGAAAAAGUAAUAUAUCUUCUGACACAGUGUUCGAAGAUGAGAAUUGUAAAAAGGAUUCCUAUUUAAGUAUUACGUGUAAAAGGCAACAGAAUGCAAGAGGUAUAAAACAACGGGCCGAUACCAUAUCACCAGAAACACAGGAUUCUGAAGUCGAGUGUGCAUUAUCGGGACGCGUUAGUCCUGCGCUUAUAGCAACUUCAGAACUUGAACAAAGGCGUUCAAGUAUCGAAUUUCAACCAGUUGUUAGAAUGAUGAAGAUCGAUGACCAAGUUGAAAUGGAUCACAGUAUUCUUUCGGUAACCAUUGCAAGCAACAGACGGUUAAGAAGUUCCAGUUCGCCGAGAUCGGAUGUUCAGCCGCGGAAAAAACGUUUGAAGACCACCAGCCGUGGUCAGUUCAGAAGGUGGUUAAAAAGUAGCUGAAAUCCUCGAUAAGAUUUUCUUUAUAGCUUAAAUUUCAAAAUCGAGAUUCAUUUUUUUAUAUAAUCUCGCUGUUGAAAUUUAAUCUAUACAUUUUACCAACAUGUAAAUUAUGUAUAAAAUAUUUGUGUAUGUAGAAUAGUAUUUAACACUACUG